UACUGUGUGAGCUGUGAUUGGUCACAGGUUGUCACAUGGUACAAGGCUGUUGUGAAUAGCCUAGUACCAUGUGAUCUUUGUGAUCAUUCACAGAUUUCACUAGUAGUAAGAAAUUAUGUCAGAAGUAACAUAUUGCUUACUACUAUUCAUGUGAUCACUGAUUGGCCAAUCAGUGCUCCAUGCGCGGCCUCUGCUGUCAAUCACCAGGUCCCGACCGGUGAUUUCUCUCCAGCACCUGGUGAUUGCCUAGUAUCCCUGAUGGGGGAGAGACCUGUGUAUAAACAAUACAGAUCUCUCCCCUGUCAGCUCCUGCACACUGCUUUG